AAACACAAAUAGAUUUAAAUGACUAAAUGGAGCUCUAACCCUAAUGCUAUUGCAGAGUUAAUUUAUUUUAUUGCAUCACUUCAAGUACAGUUUAACAGAUGUUGCAGAUUUUUCCAGAAAACGUCUGAGCUCUUGAAUGCAGCUCAGGACUCCACUUCCCACAAGUCAUUGACAUCCGGAAUAAGAACGAAUUUUCCCUCAAACCUACAAAAAUAAAAGCACACCAAAAGCCUACCACUUAAUAACUUGGACUAAAACAUAUUUUUCUGACCAAAUAUACAUUAUUAGAAAUAUUAUUCAUAAAAAAUAAUAUACUAGUGACAUUAAGUGAGAGUUAUUAUAGGUAAUAAAAUAAGGUGCUUUUAUUUCGAAGUAUCGAUGGAGCGUUUAGUGAUUCCGGUCCGACUCCACGAGGGUUUACCGCAGUGACAAAGUACAGAGACAUAUUUUACUGUUAAAUUCUUUAACAAAACAUUCAAACUGGAUUUAUUAAUAAUCUGUCACAUCGGAAAUAUCAAUCUGAAAAGUUGGGGAAAUCGAGUAAAACAUCAUUUUAGAUAAUGUCACAAGCUACAAAGCGCAAACACGUCGUCAAAGAGGUUCUGGGAGACUUCGUAACGCCGACUGAAAAUCAACAAAUAGUAAAGGUGAUUGGAAGUCGGGGAAAUAAUCUGCAUGAAAUAGUCACCGCGGAUGGGGACAGUUUCCUCGUGAGCAUGCCCACGAAGUUCCGUAAAAACAUCUGGAUCAAAAGAGGUGAUUUUGUUAUCGUGGACCCGAUUGAAGAAGGGGAAAAAGUGAAGGCAGAGAUCAGCUUCAUUUUGUACAAAGACCACAUCCAGUAUCUGCAGAAGCAACAGCUCUGGCCAGAGGCAUUCACUGACCAGGCCACAGCGCAGGACAAAACCUCGACUGACCCCAAAAAGACAGAAGAGGAGAAAAAUGGAGAUGAUGAUAAAGAAGAGGAUGAGGGUGAAUACAGUGACUCUGAGGACGACGAGAGUGACUUGUUUGUAAACACGAACCACCGCAACUGCCACUACAGUGAGAGCGAGGAGGAGGAGAGCGAAGAGGAGGAGAGUGAAGGAGAAGAGGAGCUAGAAGAUGAUGAAGGAAACAAGGAAAGGACAGAGGACAAACCUUGAUCUGAGCUGUCACUGUUGGGCUCUCAAUAAAAGACUGUAUUAUAAUGUAAACUUCUAUUUCCUUUUUGCAGUUUUUGGAAAGCUAUAAACUGGAUUGACAAAUUUCAGGCUAUUCACAAUAUUUCAAAAAUGACGAAACUGGGUAACAUUGUAAUAUUGCUCUGCUGGACUGUCUUGAUUCAAAGGAGUAAAAUUCACAUGUUUUUUUCAAUGUUGGCUUCUUAUGGUAUAUUCUAUUUUUUUUCCUUUUCUGUAUUUAGAAGAUUGUAAAUCCAAAAUCAUCACACUGACACCAAUACUUGACCUAAUAAUAAAAAGUGUAUUCAUUAA